AUGGACCUUGGACUGAACGAAACGCAGCAGAUGCUCAGGAACAGCGCGCGAGAGUUCCUGCAGGCUGAGUGCCCGGACACCUAUGUGCGGGAAAUGGAAGAGGACGAGCGCGGCUACACACCCGAGAUGUGGCAGAAGGUCGCCGAGCAGGGCUGGCUGGGACUGAUUAUCCCCGAACAGUACGGCGGCGUGGGACUUAGCUAUCUUGACUUGUCCGUGCUGCUGGAAGAGACGGGACGAGCGUUGCUGCCGGGGCCGUUCUUUUCGACGGUCGUCAUGGGCGGCAUGACAAUUAUGGAUGCCGGCUCCGAAGAGCAGAAGCAAGAGCUCCUGCCGCAGAUCAGCGAAGGGCAGCUUAUCGUGACGCUCGCGCUCACCGAGCCUAGCGCCCGCUGGGAUGCCGAAGGCAUUCAGAUGACCGCCUCACAGAGUGGCGACGGCUGGGUUCUGAACGGCGUCAAACUGUUCGUGCCGAACGCGCAUGUUUCCGACACCUAUGUUGUUGCGGCGCGCACGGGCGACGGCGAAAGGGAUAUCACGCUAUUCCUGGUGCCCCGCGGAACUGACGGCGUGAGCCAAACGCUGCUGAAGACGAUCGCUUCCGACAGGCAGUCGGAGCUUGUAUUCGAGAAUAUGCCAGUUGAUGAAUGUGCCAAUUGUGGUCAAUACCUGAUCGAUGACCCGGUCAUGGAGCGUGUGGAGAACAUUAUCAAGGAUGUGGAUGCCGGAGCGGAACUGGAGAUUGUCCGCCACCACAUCGACCCGGAGUCAGGCGCGAUACUUGCGCCAAUUCAGCCUUCUACUACCUUCGAGCGUUCUGAGGACGGCGAAUACCCGGGCGGAUAUAUUUACUCGCGCUCAGGUAACCCCAACCGCCGCCAACUGGAAGACAUCCUCGCAACACUGGAGGGCGGCGCGGCAUGUGCUGCAUUCUCGUCCGGCUCAGCGGCGAGCGCGGCAGUGUUUCAGGCGCUUGAAAGCGGCGACCACGUGGUAACACCCAACGAUUGCUAUCACGGCACGGCGGCGCUGCUGCGGGAUGUGUUCGCACGCUGGGGCUUGCAGAUUACCUUCACCGAUGUCACCGACUCCGAGCAGGUACAGCAGGCGAUGCAACCUAAUACUCGCCUUGUCUGGGUGGAGACUCCAUCCAAUCCGAUGCUGAAGGUGACGGACAUCAGGCGAACUGCCGCGAUUGCACACGAGGCGGCGCGCUCUGGCGUCUGCGACAAACACCUGGGCAACGCCGAUGUCUCAGACCUAUCGGACUUGGCGCGGAAUGCGGUAGUUCACUCGACGACGACGUAUAUCUGUCAGGACACAGCGAUGUGA